GGCUGUUACAUCAAGGCCCUGGAGCUGGAUGAGAAGUAUGCGAAUGCGUGGUACAACCUCGGAGUCGAAGGCGGCGGAACCGUGAAGGGCCAGGCCUACAAUGAAAAGGGCUGUCACGUGAAGGCCCUGGAGCUGGAUGAGAAGUAUGCGAAUGCGUGGCGCAACCUCGGAGUCGAAGGCGGCGGAACCGUGAAGGGGCAAGCCUAUGAUGGAAAGGACUGCUUUGUGAGGGUCCUUGAGCUGGACGAGAACGAUCGCAUUUGCUGGCGAAAGCUAGGUGAGAUUGGCGGGGGGACCGUACGCGGCACCCACUACGGCCCCGACGAGUGCAAAGCCAAAGCUGCAGGGAAGUAA